GCCGCGCCGUGCGCGGGGGCCGGCGCCAAUGGCGGCAGGCGGAGGAGGCGGCUGACGGGAGCCGCUGCCAGUCGCGCCCAUUCAUCGCCGACGCCUUCCCCCGGCUUUCUCUCUUCCCCCGGCUCCGCCGGGCUGCCUGCCGCCGCCGCCGCCGCCAUGGAGGCGCUGAUCCCGGUGAUCAACAAGCUGCAAGACGUCUUCAACACGGUGGGGGCCGACAUCAUCCAGCUGCCGCAGAUCGUGGUGGUGGGCACUCAGAGCAGUGGAAAGAGUUCAGUGUUGGAGAGCCUUGUGGGGAGGGAUCUGCUCCCACGAGGUACCGGAGUUGUGACCCGAAGACCCCUCAUUCUGCAGCUGGUGCAUGUUUCCCCAGAGGAUGGUCGGAAAACAGCUGGAGAUGAAAAUGACCCUGCUACAUGGAAAAAUCCAAGACACCUUUCUAAAGAGAUAGAUGCUGAAGAGUGGGGCAAAUUUCUUCACACCAAAAAUAAGAUCUAUACAGAUUUUGAUGAAAUUCGUCAGGAAAUAGAAAAUGAAACAGAAAGGAUUUCAGGAAAUAACAAGGGUAUCAGUCCUGAACCAAUUCAUCUGAAGAUUUUUUCGUCUAAUGUUGUGAAUCUGACUCUUGUGGAUUUACCAGGAAUGACAAAGGUGCCUGUUGGUGAUCAGCCCAAAGAUAUUGAACUUCAAAUAAGAGAACUAAUCCUUCAAUUCAUCAGCAACCCAAAUUCAAUUAUUCUGGCAGUCACAGCAGCAAACACAGACAUGGCCACUUCAGAAGCACUUAAAAUUGCACGGGAAGUGGAUCCAGAUGGUCGAAGAACCCUUGCUGUUAUCACAAAGCUGGAUCUCAUGGAUGCGGGCACUGAUGCUAUGGAUGUGCUCAUGGGCAGAGUGAUUCCAGUAAAACUUGGCAUCAUUGGAGUAGUGAACAGGAGUCAGCUGGAUAUUAACAAUAAGAAGAGUGUAGCCGAUUCUAUUCGUGAUGAAUAUGGUUUUCUUCAAAAGAAGUAUCCCUCCCUAGCCAAUCGAAAUGGAACUAAAUAUCUUGCUAGAACACUGAACAGACUACUCAUGCAUCAUAUCAGGGACUGCUUGCCAGAACUGAAAACCAGAAUCAAUGUUUUAGCUGCUCAGUACCAGUCUCUGCUUAACAGCUAUGGGGAACCUGUUGAGGACAAAAGUGCCACUUUAUUGCAACUUAUUACCAAAUUUGCUACAGAAUAUUGCAAUACGAUUGAAGGAACAGCAAAAUACAUAGAGACUUCUGAGCUAUGUGGUGGAGCCAGAAUCUGUUACAUCUUUCAUGAGACCUUCGGACGAACCUUAGAAUCUGUUGACCCUCUAGGUGGCCUUAACACAAUUGAUAUCCUGACUGCCAUUAGAAAUGCUACUGGUCCCCGUCCUGCCUUGUUUGUUCCUGAAGUUUCAUUUGAAUUGCUGGUUAAAAGGCAAAUCAAACGUUUAGAAGAGCCCAGCCUUCGCUGUGUGGAGCUGGUUCAUGAAGAAAUGCAAAGAAUUAUACAACAUUGUAGUAAUUACAGUACACAGGAGUUGCUGAGGUUUCCCAAGUUACACGAUGCCAUAGUUGAAGUUGUAACCUGUCUUCUGCGUAGAAGGCUUCCUGUCACAAAUGAAAUGGUUCACAAUUUAGUGGCUAUUGAGUUAGCCUAUAUCAAUACCAAACAUCCAGAUUUUGCUGAUGCCUGUGGGUUAAUGAAUAACAACAUAGAGGAACAACGGCGUAACAGGUUAGCCCGGGAAUUGCCUUCUUCUGUGCCACGAGACAAGUCUACUAAAGCUCCAGGUGCAUUGCCACCUGCUUCCCAGGAGACUGUUACUGCUGCUUCUGCUGAGGCUGAUGGCAAGGCUGCUGCUGGAGCAGGAGAUGUAUCUCAGGAGUCUGGAACGGGCAACUGGAGAGGAAUGCUGAAAUCCUCAAAAGCAGAGGAGGGAUCAGCAGAGGAAAAACCAAAACCUGCUGCAGCUCUUCCUGCUAGUCCUCAAAAAGGACAUGCUGUAAACCUAUUAGAUGUGCCUGUACCUGUUGCACGCAAACUUUCUGCCCGUGAGCAGCGAGAUUGUGAAGUGAUUGAACGACUCAUUAAAUCUUACUUCCUUAUUGUCAGAAAGAAUAUUCAGGACAGUGUGCCAAAGGCAGUGAUGCAUUUUCUGGUGAACCACGUGAAAGACACUCUUCAGAGUGAGCUGGUGGGCCAGCUGUACAAAUCCUUGCUGUUGGAUGACCUUCUGACGGAAUCUGAAGACAUGGCGCAGCGCAGAAAAGAGGCAGCUGACAUGCUAAAGGCCUUGCAGCGAGCCAGUCAAAUCAUUGCAGAGAUUCGGGAGACACAUCUUUGGUGAAGACGGUACCAGCCACGCUAUUUACAUGCGUUGGAGGUUACACUGACUUCAGAAUUGCUAGGCAUGGUAUACGGAGUAGAAUUUUUAUUUAUGAACUCUUAUCUGUGUACUGCAACUGUGUAAAUCUGCUCAUGUAAAGACAGUUGGUUUGAUUUGCAAACAGAAAAAUACGCUGUAUUUUGCAAAAUAAGUCGUAUUUAAUCCACAUAAUAAAUGGCUCUAAAUGUUUCCUUACCAGCUUUCUGGUGCAAAUUAAAGCAGACCAAGUCUACUGUCUCAGUGACAGGCUCAUUUGAACUUGGGGAAAAACACUGAAGUUCCAGUGCCUGACUUGCUAAACAGGUUGCCUGUGGUUAAGAUGGACAGUGUAGUCUUGUGGCAUAGUUUUAAGCUGCUUUUACAAUAGAAGUUUAAAUACUGUGAAGAGGAGAGAGCACCAAGUAUUUUCUUUCAUGACUAUAUUGCAUGCACUAUGACAGAUGGAGGUGUCAAUUUUAUAGCACAGUAGAGAUGUCUACCGUAUUGCUACGUGUGUGUCCCCAUUUCUUUCCGAAUGUUAAAAACUGCAGACAAAAUUCUGAACUUCAUUUAAUGGAGGAGUAUCAUGUAGGAUGAAUCAGCCUGGAGCUUGCAAACAAGUAACGGCCUACUGACAAGUGGCUGCCAAGUUGUUGAUGUGCACUGGAGCUUGCAUAAAAAUGCUGGGGGUUACAAUCAGGUACAAGAACACCUUCCCCUUUCUUCCCCUUGGGACCAAGGCCCUGGACCAUCCAAUAGUAAAUUUGUUCUGGCACAACUGAAAAAAAAAAAAAAAUAAAAUAAAAAUGGAUUUCAAAACUGUUACGGGAUAACAAGUGUUUUUUUCAAAACCAGAUAAAGUUGGCCAGGGAGAAGGGGAUCCCCACAACUUACUACCAAACUUUGGAAGAUAGGACAGUAUGAAAGAAAGCCUGUGAGAUUGGAAUAUUUAUACUAGAGAUCACAGUUACUUGUAAGGAAAAUUGUACUGUUAGUAGUUUUUUUCUUUUUUUUUUUUUUUUUUUUUUAAGGACAAUCACAUUAGGAAACCUUAAGUUGGAAGUUGAGUUACUUUCUUCUGAUUGUAAUUCAUGCAGUCAAACACUGUUCACGCUAACCUUUAAAGGAUAAGCAUUUUAAUUUUUAUGAAUAAAAAAAUUAUUUAAAUUCCAGCCAGCACACUUGCAUGUACUUUUCAAACAGAUCUACUUUUUUGUAUACAGUAAAAAAUGUGUACUGUGGUUGCUGAUAUUUUAUCUUCAACAUGACUUGCAUUUGAAAAAUGAGAGACAGCUGUUAACAGCCAUGGUCUUCUUUUAGGAUGUUGGGCCAGUACCGUGAGGCUUUUAUUCCUCUAUUCAGUUCCUCUCUCAUUUCAUCAAUUAACAGAAACUGAACUCCUGCUGUAAGCUGCUAAAAAUUAAAAAUUAAACUGUUAAGGUCUCAGUUUCUGACAAGAUCUGUUUUAAACAUUUAUUCUUUCACAUAAUAAUUUUGAGUUUGGCACCACUAUAAACACAAGGAGUUAAGUCUCACGUGCAAUUCUUGUUAUUUUAUGUGUUACCUGAAGUAGUUCACACAGGACAUAGAAAUGUAAUCUGUAUUUUUAAACAGCUUAAAAAGUCACAAUGUUUAUGUUACGUAUAAUGAAUAUAAAGGAAGUAAUUGUAACUUAUCACUUCUUAUUCAGGGAUGGUAGUUCUCAGAUGUAAGAAAUGCAAGUGUAAUGAAGUGCAAGCCACUUCUCAAGUGAAUUUUAGCCAACAGUGAAAGCUUUUAAGAAUUUGGUCAAAAGCAUUACAUUUGUAGUUGGAAUUCCCCUGGCAUCUCCUUCCCUUGUACUUUUGGCAUCUAAGAAAUGUUUUCAACAAAACAGAACUGUCCCUAAGUGAACCUAUGUUUUAACUCCCAAAUGUCAAUCAGCAGUCUGUUGUCAAGGGAUAUUCUGAAUUACAAAGUUUUCAAGUGCUACAUAAAGCAGAUGAGUUCUAUUUAUUUAAGAAUGUCUUGCAAGUGAUAACUGGCUCUGUAAUGUCAUGUGAAGUCUCCAAAGUGUUUAUCUGUGGCUUUUUUUUUUUUUUGAAAUGUUAAUUUUUUUAAUUUUUUUUUGCUUUAUAAACAUUUUUAAUUUGGUAAUGUUUGAGUGCCAAGAAAUGAACUUGUCAACCUCAGUGCAAAUCUUGAAAAAUCCAUGCUGUACCAGCCCUGUUAUUAAAUAAACAGAUACUAUACAAAAUGAAUGAUCCCAGAAAUAAAGUUUUGAACUCACUUGUAGUUCAGGGGGCAGGACUGUAUACCCUUACAGGUUUGGGGGAUAGCUAAGAAUACUUUUACAGCCUUAAGUUUGCAGUUGCCCUCCUGCAAUUCAUCAUCUUUAUUUCUUAUAACAGUUGCUGCAGUUAUGUAAGUAAUAGGGUUGAUAGGCAACUGGUGGCCGUUAAUUGUUUUAUGGAUUGUCUGAAACAGAACUAAGUGCUAUUGUUGCUGCCACCCUUAGAAGAAAUACUGGGCAGCUGGUGAGAAGUCUCACUAGAUUAGAUGAUGCAUCUCUUACAGUCAACCUCACUUAAUUUAAACCUGAAAUAUUGCUGUCAUCAAUGAUCAACUUUCAGUUUAAUUAAAAAAACCAACCAACCAACUUCUAUCCUGUGAAGCAAUCACAGAGAGAACAACUUCUGUAGCCAAGUUUAGACCAGUAAAUGUUUGACAUUUAAUACCUGACCUGUGUGUGGUAGUACUGUAAAUAAAACACAGUAUCUGUGUGAAAAGUUUGUCAAUAAAUUUUGUGAGUCUUUUAGUA